AUGCAACACAUUUCAACCUCGACACCCACCCUAAUUGUUAAUCAUAAGGUGUCACUCGGUACGACUACCCAGUCGACCACGCGACACCGCUCAUUAGGGUCAGCGACACUACCUGUCAGCAGCCGAAAGCGCAAUGCACCUUACAGACGCCCACAGGUGCAUUGUGCGUUUCUCAAUCGCAACGUCCCUUUGGUUGCGCAACUACACUCACGAACCCACCCGUCCCAGGUUGCGCGGCCUCGACGUCCUCAGGCCCGCCUGCUCGGCUACAUCAGAAAACGACAUACGCCAGGCAGGUUCCGUGACACCCAGGCACAGCGUCCUGGUGAUUUUGGAGUUGUGGCGGUCAACAUGGUACCCUAA